AUGGCGUGGCAACCCCAAGAAGAGCCCCUGCGGCAGCUGGCGCAGUGUCUGAGGGACUCACUCAGUGGCCAUGAUCCGAAUGCGCGAAAGAAUGCCGGCGAGAUGCUCAAGUCCGCCCAAACUUCACCCGAUAUCGACAAGUACCUCGCAUACAUCUUCUCUAGCAGCCAACCCCCGCCCGUCGUAAACAUGGACGCCGCCCAGUACUUCCAGACGCGAGCUGCGGCUGCCGUUAUGCUCAAGAACGACGUAAAGACCGCGUACAAGUCGAUGCCCGACUCGACCAAGGACUACAUACGAUCAGUGAUACUGAUGGGACUGUCGGAUUCCACCUCACAAAUACGGGGCUAUGCCGGAAAUGUCAUAACGGAGAUUGUGCGACAGGGCACCAUCAUGGGAUGGCCUCAGAUUCUGUCAGAGCUGGUCGGUAUGGUCAGCAACGCGGACGGCAAUUCCUCGACACAGGCACAAGAAGGCGCCAUGGGCGCUCUUCUGAAGAUUUGUGAGGAUAACAGGAAGGCGUUGGACCGCGAGUACCAGGGACAAAAGCCCCUCAACUUCAUAUUCCCGAAGCUACUCGAGCUCACGACAAGUCCCCAGCCUCGGGUACGCGCCGACGCAUUGGCCGCUAUCAACGUAUUCGUCCCAGAGAAGCCUCAGGCUGUUGUCGCGAACAUCGACACACUACUAAAUCAACUCUUCAAAUUGGCCGCCGACCCUAGUGAAGACGUGCGGAAACACGUCUGCCGCACCUUUGUCCACAUCGCCGACAUUGCCCCUCAGAUGAUCAUACCACAUAUGAGCGGUCUGGUCGAUUUCAUGGUGGCACAGCAGCGCACGGAGAACAACGCUGAUCUGGCUCUGGACGCAGCAGAAUUUUGGCUGUGCGCCAGCGAAGACGAGAACAUGCGGGAUCACCUUGGCCCAUAUCUGGCUAAGAUAAUACCUGUCCUGCUAUCGAGCAUGGUAUAUAGCGAGGACGAGAUUCUGCGUCUGGAGGGUGAAGAAGAAGAUUAUGAAGUUGACGACAGGGAACAAGAUAUCAAGCCCACUUUCGCAUCAAACAAGGCCGCAAGACUUACCACUAACGCGAACGGCGAGACAGUUCCAGUCUCCAAUGGAACACUCGGAGCCUCAGCAGAUGACGACGAUUUGAGUGAGGGCGAGAUUGACGAUUUCGACGACGACGAUGAAUUUGGUGAUCCUGAGGAGCAGUGGAAUUUGCGAAAGUGCUCCGCUGCAGCCCUCGAUGUUCUCGCAUCAGUCUUCCACGAAGCUGUGUUCCAGGCGACUCUUCCAUACUUGACAGAUAACCUCAACCAUGCAGAGUGGCCCAACCGGGAGUCCGCGGUCCUGGCUCUUGGCGCAAUCGCGGAUGGCUGCAUGUCGGUUGUUGAGCCGCACCUUCCUAUGCUCACUCCUUUCCUCAUAACCCUACUGAAUGACCCAAAGCCUGUCGUUCGCCAAAUCACGUGUUGGACACUUGGACGUUACUCGGGAUGGGCGGCACAUCUCGACGCUGCUGGCAAGAAACAAUUCUUCGAGCCAGUCAUGGAAGGCAUCUUGAUGAAGAUGCUCGACAGAAACAAACGCGUUCAGGAAGCUGCGGCAUCGGCAUUUGCAAAUCUCGAAGAGAAGGCCAACACUGAGCUCGAAGACUACUGUGGCGUCAUCGUUCAGCAAUUCGUGCAGUGCUUUUCCAUGUACAAGGAUAGGAACAUGUUCAUCCUCUACGACUGUGUUCAGACGCUCGCUGAGCACGUGGGACCUAAGCUAUCAGAAGACAAACUCGUCCAAACACUCAUGCCUGCACUUCUUCAACGAUGGAACAAGGUGUCCGACCAGUCGAGGGAAAUGUUCCCAUUACUGGAAUGUCUCUCAUAUGUGGCCACAGCUCUCGGACACACAUUCGCGCCAUAUGCAGCUGGAAUCUUCGCUAGAUGCAUGAAAAUCAUUCACCGCAAUCUCGAAGAAGGCGUCAUGGCAGCUGAGAUUAACGGUUUCGAGCCUCCAGACAAAGACUUCUUGGUGACAAGCUUGGACUUGCUCAGCGCAAUCAUCCAAGCUCUGAGCUCCCAAGACAGCGCCACACUGGUUUCACAAGCAUCUAACUUCUUCGAGCUACUAGUCAUCUGCAUGAGGGAUCAGAACAAUGACGUCCGGCAAUCUGCCUACGCGCUCCUCGGAGACUGCGCCAUUUACGUCUUUCAACAACUCAAGCCUCAUCUACAACCCAUCAUCAAGACUCUUAUUACACAGCUGGAAGUUUCUCAGAUAGAUUCCUCUGGCCUGGAUACUGGAUACUCAGUCAUUAACAAUGCCUGCUGGUCCGUUGGCGAGAUUGCCAUGUGCGAGGGAGAAGGCAUGCAACCAUACGUCGGGGAACUGCUACAAAAGCUGGGUAGCAUCCUAUUUGACGAGCGGGUUCCAGAGUCUCUGAACGAAAACGCAGCCAUCGCCUUGGGUCGCCUAGGUCUUGGAUGUGCGCCCUUACUCGCUCCACAUCUUGCUCAAAUCGCUCCUCCUUUCCUCCGUGCUAUCAGGAAAGUACAAUGGACGGAUGAGAAAUGCCAUGCCCUCACUGGCUUCAUGUUAAUUGUGUUGGCCAACCCUGGCGCUAUGGAGCAAUCACUUCUUGAGUUCUUCAACGACAUGUCGAUGGCCGAUCGAAAUGUUGUAAGGGGUCCUACUGCCGGAGUACAGGUCUAUGAGACAUUCCAAAAGGUCAUUCAAACAUACAAGGGCAUGAUCGGCGACUUCGACGCCUUCCUCGGAGGUCUCCCUGCUGAACAACAAGCGCGUUUCCGCGAUUUGUACUCCGUUUAA